CUCAACUCCAUCCACUCCAUCUUUCUUACAAGAAAAAUGUCCCUACCUGCCCUUCCCCAAUGUCCUCAAUCGCACGCCCCCCAGACCCCUGCCUAGUGGCAAUCGUCCUGAUCGUCCGCUCGCGAGCCGGCCCUCGCUUCGUAUUCCACUAUCCCCCCAACCCGCUCAGCGAGAACGGCCUGCGACCCGCAGCCACCACCAGCAAAGCGCGGCGCGCGUCACGCACCAAAAGCGGCCAGGGCGCGCGGGGCAAUGACUCGAGCUCCAGCGAGGACAGUGGCUCGACCUCCUCCGAAGACGAGGAGGAGCACCAUGCGCCCAGCCAGAACCCCAGUUCCACGCACCUCGCCGGCAGCGCGGUGUCGGCGACCACCGGUCGGCGCUCGAGUAACUUCGGUCUAGACGAUCAUGUGGCCAUGUCUGUGUCGCCUGGGGGCGACUCUCAACGGCCGGGGUCCAUCAGCUCGAGUCGCACGCUGCUGCGCAAACGUGGCGGCGCCUCCGACGUCGAAGACGAUCCGGGGACGGCGUCGGAUCGGCAGGAGGAUGGGUCGGGGGGCGCCGGGGGCCCGUUCCGCGCGCCGUGGGAGUCGAUGCUCGGGCUGCCUGCGGACGUCUGGGAGAAGGUGCUGAGCCCGUCGCGGUCGUGGCACAAACGGCGGUUCGAGGUCGGGAUCAACGACCUGGCGUUCGUCGGGUGGCCGGUGUUUGUGCGCGAGGAAGGGACCUGGCGGAAGCAGCGGCGGAAGAAGAAGAAGCCGCGCGCCGACUGGGAGGGCGGAGAGCUGGGUCACAAUGAAAAUGUCGAGGACGUGCAGGACGAUGGGCCGGAGGCGACGAUGGCCGCGUCGACGGAGACGCUGAAUCCCAGCGGAUGGGCGGCGGCGGAAUCGCAGCGCGCGUCGAUGACUUCGAUGGCGUCGAUGACCAGUAGUAAGACCGGGGGAGGAGGGCCGGCGAGCGAGUUGCUGGACGCGGAUGAUAAGGACUCCAUGACGAUGUUCAAUGUGGUUUUCGUGCUGGAUCCGCCCUUGCUCGAGUAUUCGCUGCGCAUUCGGGAGAUCUACGACAAUAUCAUCAAGAAGUUUGCGAAGGCCUUGAAAUGGGAACAGGCGCGGACGGACUAUGUCUGGAGGGAGGCCCAGCAUAUCUCACACAUCAAGGAGAAAGCGAAAGAGAAGAGAAUGUCUGUCAACACUCUCUACUCGGAGCUCAUCAAUCAAUCGUCCCUGGCUAGGGCCAUCUACACCGUCUACUCUAGUAUCUCCGCGUCGAAGAUCGCGUCCGUUGGGCUGGGCCCGGACGUGUCCAUUUCCCUCCAGAUUCCUCCUUUAACCUCGACACCGUACCUGCCUGGUCCAACCGACAAGGCAUAUCCUGGUCUCUGGCUCACGACGGCAGACAGCGUCACUCCGGUGGAUGAUCCGACAGCCGAUGAGAAUACGGCACCGCACCAGGUCCCGGCCAAACACUUUGCGCUACUGUUGCUGGACAACGAGACCAGUAUCUUGAAGGAUGUUGAGUCGUCUGGGGGAGCGUUGGCUCCCGCACUCGCUCACUACAUUCGCUGUUCAAAACCGACCAAGUCCUUUGCUCAGAUAUCUGCAUCGUCCGGAAUCUCCCUCUCCACCAUCCAGCUUCUGGCAAGCCAUCUUGUGUACUGGAGACGGGCACGUGCGAUUCCGCCCCUUCAUCAACGAGAUACUUUCAUCGUCUCUCCGAACUGCGACCUGAGCAAACUGGAGGUGGCGACGACUGCCUAUCAAACGGCAUUUCCCACGCUUCCAAGCCUCCCAAAGAUGUUGUCCGCUCUGAGCGGGACCCCCCGACCUUACGGAAGCUUCAUCCCCAGCAAAGACCACAAAGAUACCUAUUUCGCCAUCCUCGCCUGGCUGUUGCGUGGAGGGUGGGUGACCCAGCUUCGAUCUUUCUCCCGAGUCAAAGUCAACCCGGAAAUCAAAAUGGCCGUGGAGAUGGCCCUGCGACGCGAAGAAGUCGAUAGAUACCUGGGGAAGCGAGGGCCGGACGCAGGAAAGCGCGGCGAGUCUUACGACAGCGAUGAUGACUUUGACGAUGCGAGCUCCUCUUCGUCUUCGUCCCUCGCAAGCCAAGGCAGCGGCGAAGAAACGCCCAUGCCGGGACGGUCCAAUCUCGAGGGCGGGAUGCGCCUGACGCACUCCGUGCUGGACAGACAUGCGUCGCUCAAAACCUCUUCCCUGAUCCUAUUCCCGCAUCGUGCCUCGCCGCUUGAGUCGCGGUGGCUUGACGAGAUCGUGGCGCGGUUCCCCGACCGCCCACGGUUCUUCCUGCGCGGUCGUGCCGGCAGACCCGGGGAUGCCGGCGAGGGCGACUUGGAAUACGCGGGGCUUCGGAACUCGAUGAAGGAGUACUGGCCCACCUACAUCAAGUACUUUAACGGAUACGACGCCGUCGAAAAAAUCCCGGUGCGGGAGAACCUCAAGCGCAAACUGGUCUGGCAGGUGCUGGCGCGGUUGGGAUCCGUGACCAGCUCGCAGUCCUCUCUGGAGCUGGAUCCGGCCGAACAGGUCUUGAUCAUUGAGGUUAGGUUGGCUUCUGCGGAGUACCUUUGUAUUCAGACUACAGAGGCUGAGGAUAUUACAGACGGAGUCCGCACCGAUGAUCUUAAAUCACCAUAA